AUGGCCCACCAACACCUGCGUCAACCGGACACUCCGCUUGAGACGAACCCUGACAUCCCGGAUCUUGACGCCCAACCUGAAAUCCAGCCUGAGCUGCCUCGUCCCCAAGCUCAAGAUGUGACCGAACAGAGGGAUCCUGAUCCUGAGUUCAGAUUCGAGGUCACGCAGUUCUCGGACUUUGACGACGACGAUGACGAUGACGACACCGCUUCGGUCACGUCCUUGAAGGCCAGCAUUCUUGACUACCGCCGGGAGAACGGACGCACUUAUCACCGCUUCAGUGAUGGCCAUUAUGUUCUUCCGAACGAUGCCCUCGAGCAAGAACGGCUGGACAUUGCGAAUCAUAUGUGGACUGUCGCCUGGGAUGGCAAGCCGUGCCUAUGUCCAGCGAAAGACGGCGCCAAGCGGGUCCUCGAUCUCGGUACCGGUACGGGCAUCUGGGCCCUGGACUACGCCGAUGAACAUCCUGACGCAACGGUCUACGGCGUGGAUCUAAGUCCCAUCCAGCCGGAUUACGUCCCGCCGAAUUGCCACUUUGAAGUCGACGACCUCGAAAGAGAGUGGGCGUGGUCACAACCCUUCGAUUUCGUCUUUUGUCGCAACAUGAUCGGGGCCUUCAACAGUUGGGAAUGGAUUGCUGGGCAAGCCUUUGAGAACCUGGAACCCGGCGGCUACUUCGAAAUCCAGGAUAAUCUGUACCCGGUUGCUUGUGACGACGGCACCUUGACCGAGCAGCAUGCGUUAUUCAAGUGGUCGGCCAUACUAUGUGAAGCCAUUGAGAGAAUCGGCCGGUCUCUCACCAUCGCGUCACGUUUUGAGGAAAUUAUGAAGAACGCGGGCUUUGAGGCCGUGACGGUCAACAAGCAAAAGCUGCCAGCAUCUCCUUGGCCGAAGGACCCAAAACUGCGAGAGAUUGGUAGUUGGACACAGGCGGCAACUCUUCCCGGCGUUGAGGGCAUAGCCAUGGCAUUACUGACGCGCGUGCUUGGUUGGAAGCCGGCCGAGGUCCUCGUCUUCUGUGCCCACGUCAGGAAGGAUCUCAAGAAUCCGGAAAUCCACGCGUAUUGGGACACUUACUCGGUUUACGGAAGAAAGCCCCUGCCCAAACAGCAGGGUUCUCAGGCACCAAGUCCCCGAGGGGAGGGCUCAAAGGAAAAGAGGUCGAGAGAGGAAAGCCCACAAGAAGAUAUGCCGCGGAAGGAGCCGCGAGAGGAAAGUCCUGGACGAGAGGACUCAGCAUGA